AUGAGGAUUACGCAUGCCGCAGCGUGUUAUUGGCUGUAUCUGGGUGAGAUCUUUUUAGAGCCAUCGGAACAUGCCCCGGGGGGACACAACGAGGCGGGGGCGGGCAGUAAUUCCCACUCACACUGGUCGCGAUACAGUAGCGCCCAUACUGUACCCUUGGGUACUGUACCUGCCACAUUCGAUCCCCAGAAACGCUACUCGUCCAUGUCGCAUUCAAGUCUGUCAAAGCCAUCUCUUCACACAUCAAGACAAACGGUGUUCGGAUCACGGCAGAUCUCGGAUUUAGAAAGGAAACAAUAA